AUGGAGAUAAACAAACCAUUAUUUGUAGUUUUGAUCAUACGGUCCGUUUAUGCUGGCUAUUUCCUGCUUACAAAAGUUGCCUUUAGUGUUGGCAUGAACACUUAUGUUUUUGUCUUCUACAGACAAGCUGCUGCAACUGUUUUUUUAGCCCCGAUUGCUAUGUUUUUCCAAUGGAGAACUGCUCCACCAUUGUCAUUCACCAUUUUCGUCAGGAUUUUCUUGCUCUCCCUUUGCGGGAUAACUACGAGCUUGGAUAUUUUUGGUGUUGCCUUGACAUAUACAACUGCAUCUUUGGCUGCUGCGACAUCCAACACACUUCCAGUUAUUACAUUCUCCCUUGCAGUUUUAUUCAGGAUGGAAAAAGUGAAGCUGAGGACCAGCCCAGGAAUUAUGAAAGUGUCAGGAGUAGCACUGUGUUUGGCCGGAGCAGCAACCAUUGCCUUACAAGCUGCUGCAACAGUUUUCUUAGCCCCCACUGCCAUGUUUUUCCAUUGGAAAACUGCUCCACCACUGUCAUUCAUCAUUUUCAUCAAGAUUUUCAUGCUCUCGCUUUGUGGGAUAACUAUGAGCUUGGAUAUUUUUGGUGUGGCUUUGAAAUACACAACACCUUCUUUGGCUGCUGCGACAUCCAAUACACUUCCGGCUAUUACUUUCUUCCUUGCAGUUUUAUUCAGGAUGGAAAAAGUGAAGCUGAGGACCAGCCCAGGAAUUAUGAAAGUCUCAGGAGUAGCACUGUUUUUGGCAGGAGCAGCAACCAUUGCCUUGUACAGGGGCCCUUUCUUUAAACUUUUGUUACAUCAUCACCUAAUUAAAAGCCACCACCACCAACUUGAAGGCCAUGCAAUUCCUUCUACCCAAACAUGGAUUAAGGGCGUCUCACUUAUGCUGCUUUCCAACAUAACUUGGGCGUUUUGGCUUGUAUUACAGGGCCGAGUACUUAAAAGUUACCCUUCAAAAUUCCUCUUAAUAGCCCUACAGUGCUUUUUGAGCACCAUACAAUCAUUCUUUGUUGCUGUUGCUUUGGUAAGAGAUCCGAAUGAAUGGAAACUCGGAUGGGAUAUAAAACUCGUAUCAAUAGCCUACUGUGGAAUAGUGGUGACUGGUAUUGCAUUUUACUUGCAAACAUGGGUCAUUGAAAAGAAGGGUCCUGUCUACCUCGCCAUGACAUCUCCAUUGAUUCUGAUAUUUACAAUUGCUGCAACCACAUUCCUCUUUGGAGAGAUAAUUAGUCUUGGAAGUGUCUUGGGAGCACUUUUUCUGGUUGGAGGACUUUAUUUUGUGCUAUGGGGAAAGACAAAAGAGGAAGAAAGGAAGAAAGCAAUUUGUGCAGCAAUAAUUGAUGCUGAGAAAGCCAAUGGAGGAUCAAAGGAAGAGACCACAACAUAA